AUGGCAACUCAGCCUCACCACCCUUUUCUCCCCUGCACGUUAUUACUUCUGAUUAUCUGUUGUUCUUCUGGCAUCAAUGUCUCAGCCACCAAUUUCUCUAUCGAAGAAGCAACAGUGGCAGAGCUGCAGGCAGCCUUCAAGCAGAACAUUCUCAACUCUACAACACUUGUGGAAUACUAUCUCUCCCAGAUCCUUUCGCUCAACGGAAAGAUUCGAGGCAUAAUUGAGGUGAACCCAGAUGUGCUCCUCCUGGCUCAGCUGGCCGAUGAGGAACGAAAGGCUGGGACUCCAAACUCCGGGACUAGAUUGCAUGGCAUCCCAAUACUGCUAAAGGACAACAUGGGCACCAAGGACAAGCUUAACACCACCGCCGGCUCCUUUGCACUGCUUGGUUCCGUCGUCCCUAGUGAUUCCGGUGUGGCGGCGAAGCUUAGAGCCGCCGGUGCUAUCAUAAUGGGAAAGGCAGCACUUAGCGAGUGGGCUCAUUACCGAGGUGGAGCUCCGUCGGGUUGGAGUGGACGAGGUGGCCAGGCACUGAAUCCAUAUGUGAUGUCGGCGGACCCGCGUGGGUCAAGCACUGGAUCAGCAGUAUCAGUGGCAUCAAACAUGGUGGCAGUGGCACUUGGGACAGAGACCGACGGUUCAAUCAUCGGCCCAUCUUAUGCUAACUCAGUGGUUGGUAUCAAACCCACUCUCGGACUCACUAGCCGAGCUGGGGUCGUUCCCAUCAGUGCCAGGCAGGACACAGUUGGGCCAAUUUGCCGCACAGUUUCAGAUGCAGCAUAUGUACUAGAUGCAAUUGCAGGCUAUGACCCUUAUGACACUGCAACUGCAGCUGCAUCAGAAUUCAUUCCUCCCGGUGGGUACGUGCAAUUCUUGAAUGCAAGUGGGCUUAAAGGGAAGAGAUUGGGAAUAGUCAGAAAUCCAUUCUUCAACUUCCCCAAUGGCUCCUACAUGGCCCAAGCUUUCCAGAAACAUUUCCAAACCCUAAGCCAAAAUGGUGCAACAUUAGUGGACAAUUUGGAAAUAGCAAACAUUAGUAUGAUACUGAAUUCCAGUCUAAGUGGCGAAGCAAUUGCAAUGUCAACCGAGUUCAAGAUCACCUUGAAUACUUACUUGUCAGAGUUGGUUGCUUCUCCCAUCAGAACUCUAGCAGAUGCAAUAGCUUUCAACCUCAACUACUCUACCUUGGAAAUGAUUCCACAAUAUGGCCAAUCCCUAUUUCUAGCAGCUGAGUACACCACAGGUACUAGCAAUCCUGUAUAUCAGGCUGCACUAGCAAGAAUGCUAAGCUUGACAGAGAAUGGGUUUGUGAAGCUAAUGACAGAUUACAAUUUGGAUGCAUUGAUUACUGCGAACGAUACUGUGACUCCUAUGCUAGCAAUUGGGGGCUUCCCAGGAAUUAGUGUUCCAGCAGGGUAUGCACCAAAUGGAGCACCAUUUGGCAUCUGUUUUAAUGGAUUGCAAGGUUAUGAGCCAAGGUUGAUUGAGAUUGCUUACGCCUUUGAGCAAGCUACUAAGAUCAGGAAGCCACCUUCAUUCUUAGUAUGA